ACCACAGUGCUGCCGGCCCAGCCCAGUCAGGUAAGUGGAGUCUUUAAUUUCAGGCCAAACCACAUUCUCAGAGUACCUGUUCACGGGUGGGUGUGUGUGUGUUCGCAUUUUUGCGACGGUGAGCAGCCUUUUUACUUCAGGUAGAAAUGAAGCUGUGCAGGUGUGUGUGUGUGUGUGUGUGUGUGUGUAACAAUGGGCUCCGAGAUUGAACAGGGUGUGUGUGUGUGUGUGUGUGUGUGUGUAACAAUGGGCUCCGAGAUUGAACAGGGUGCAUGUGCUAUGUUUAGCUGUGUGUGUGUGUGUGUGUGUGUGUGUGUAUAUAAGCGGAGUGUUAAACCAUUCAAAUUCAAGAGAAAUGUAACAUUUAUAAGUGUCAACUUUGUUGUAAAGCCGUCUCAGGCCGCCUCCUUUUGUGUUCGUGAGAUCUAAAUGUAGGUGGACGGAAAGUUGGAAACAUUUAAAGUUGUGUGUGCGCGCUACAGUGAGCUCACUGCGCCGUUGCCGUGUAUGCACUUGGUUGUGUUGGGCAGCGGGUUACAAAAGCCCCAUUGUGUAGGUGACUGUGGCUGAGCUGGCCUCCAAAAAGUUUGGCUAGCGUGUGUGUGUGUGUGUGUGUGUGUGUGUGUGGAUGGGUAGCUCGCAGUGGGCGGUGUCCGUGUAUGAGGCACAAAGUGUAAGAGGGGGACAGGUUGUGGUAUGAAUGAGCUCCAGUGUUGCGUGGCCGGACCGAGCAGUCGUCUAAAAUGGUCUCCGCCGUCGCCGCACACCUUCUCCUCUUCCUCGUCAGCGUGAACCUGAUCCCCAUCGCUCCCAUACUGGAGGAGCGGCCCUUCCAGGUGGCAGAUGGAGGUGUUGGGAUGGCUCUGGGGAAGAGCCGAAAGAGAGUGUUCCCGAUGCCUCACACCGAGGAGCCCAACCCCAUAUCCGAGGCUUACAGCUAUUGCAACACUCCCAACCGCACCGAACAGGCCUGGGAGGGUCACAGUCCUGCUGACUACAAGCUGCUGUCUGUCCAGGUGAUGAUUCGCCACGGUGACCGCUACCCCCUCUACUACAUCCCCAAGACCAAACGCCCCGCCAUCGACUGCACCCUGUCCGCCAACAGGAAGCCCUCCCACCCGCUGCUGAACGCCUUCAUCCGCCACAUGGGCCAGGGGGGCCGCGGCCACUGGGAGUCUACGCUGGGCUCCGUCCCGCGUCUGCCCAACCACAGUGCCUGUGAGACGGGAGAGCUCACGCAGACGGGUGUGGUGCAGCACCUGCGCAACGGGCAGCUCCUCCACCAGGCCUACAAGCGCCACAACCUCCUCCCCUCCGACUGGUCGCCCCGCCAGGUGUGGGUCGAGACCACGGGCAAGAGCCGCACCCUCCAGAGCGGCCUGGCCUUCCUCUACGGCUUCCUCCCGGACUUCGACUGGACGAGAGUGACGGCGCGGCACCAGUGGAGCACGCUGUUCUGCGGCUCAGCCUGCGACUGCCCCGCCAGGAACCGGCACCUGGAGGAGGAGCAGAGGCGGCAGUACCGGCUCCGGGUGAGCGACACGGAGCUCGAGAGGACCUACGCCGACAUGGCACGGACUUUGGGUCUGCUCACCCGCCAGCUCCGGGCGGCGAACCCCAUAGACUCCCUGCUGUGCCACCUGUGCCACGGCAUUUCUUUCCCGUGCGUCCCCGCGGGCGCCGGUGCCGGCGGGUGUCUGACGAUGGCACAGUUUGCCGUGAUCCGCCGACAGCAGCUGGACGACGAGGCGGAUCGGAGAAGAGCGGGGCUGUACCACAAAUACGCAGUCCUGGCCAUGUACCCGUACCUCAACCGGACCGCCGCCAAGAUGGAGCGCGUCGCAAGGGACAACGGGGCUGGCCGGCAGCCCCGCGCAGGGGGUGAGGAGGUCUUCACCCUCUCCUCGGCCCACGAUGUCACCAUGGCCCCGUUGCUGAGCGCCCUGGGACUGGAGGAGCCGCGCUUCCCGCGUUUCGCGGCGAGAGUGGUCUUUGAACUGUGGAAGAGUCCCCCGGCCACGCAGGGGCCAGCGAAGAAGAGAGCUGGCAGAGGCGAGAAGUCGAAGGCCAAAGACGGGGAGCUGUUCGUCAGGGUGCUGUACAACGGCGAGGACGUGACAUUCCACACCAGCUUCUGUCGCUCCCACGACCGCCACGCCAGACAGCCGCUCUGCCCUCUGAAGAACUUCCUGUCUUUUGUCAGGAGGGACAUGUUCGGCGUUGUCAACGCCACGUCCUACCAGGAGGCCUGCUCCAGGCGCCCUGGUUGACAGAUGGACUCGGAGUGACUGAGUAACGAUGCUGAGUCGGCAGAUGGUUCUACUUCUCUCGGUUGUUUUUUUUGGGAAGAUGCUGCAAUUUUAAUGCCGCUCAUAGUGUCCUACAAUCUUUUUAAAUGUAGUCCUUUACAUUCCUGAGCACAAAGUGAGUGGCGCACACACACACACACACACACACACACAGAGAGUACUGUACAUGAUGUCUUCAUAAGAUCACUUUCUAACCUUUCUACAAGUGUGUUUUUUGUAAUACUUUGUGUUUUCUGAAGCGUAUACAGAAAGAGACGAGUAAAUCAAGGGAAGUUGUCUGGCACUGAGCCACUUUAUUCCAUAUUACAUUCCACAGCACCGUGGAAUCGUAAAGUUCCAGUAUUCCUAAAAUGCUUGCAGGAAACGGGAACAUUGAAGCUGGAAAUUCUAUGCUGGAUUCAUCAUUCCUGGGAAAUAUUUUGUGUUUUUAUAAAUCUUUUCGAUGAAAAUUACACUUUGGGCUCGUUUUGGCCACAUCACUCAAUAUGACUCAAUUGUCACUUUGCAUUUGUUAAUGUUUUUAAUCUUUACUCGUUGCAGUAGGCUGUCUGUUUUAAAAAGGCUUAUUUUAACUUUGACACAUCAAUUUGGGUCUUUUUUGUUUGUUUUACUUUGCUUUAGUAAAAUUGACUUUGAAAGUGUUUUCUUUUCAUGCGGUGAUUUAAAACAACAGAACAUCUGUAUUCAUGACAGUUUGUGGUAUAACUGAUCCAAUCCACUUUUUGUUUUUGCUUGUAGUUUUAAUAAAGGUUUAUUCUGAGCUGACAUUUUUAUAUCAGUGGCUGAGAAA